CCGGGAAAUCUGUAGCCCCUUGAUGUUAACUGCCCGUUCUUUUCUUUGAGCCGCUGCUGUUGGUGCGUCAUCGACAUGACUUCCUCCCCCGCAAGAACUGGCUCACUAAAAAUCCACUGAUUGGCUGCGGGGCAGUUUUCUCCAACUCUUCGUGCUGUUGUUGAUGCUUCAGCGGGGGCCGUUUUUAUGCUGUUCCUUGCAGGCUAGCCAUGGCCUCCGGCGGCAAGAUUUGCCACUACUAUUUGCAGGGCAACUGCCGCUUCGGCGAAAGAUGCUGGUACCUGCAUCCGCGCCACGGCGGAGGAUCCAGCCAGCCUUCUCUGAGCUCCGGCUCCAGCAGAAGAGGCGGAUGGGAUGGUCAUAAUCAGAGAUACCCUAUUGUCCAGGCAUCCAGUUUUUCUAAAGCAUCAAACUGGCACAGUAACAGAGAUCAUGGGAGAGCAUUCCAUGGGCCCCAGGCUGACUUGGGCUAUUCUCAAAAUAGGUUCGGUGCGUUAAACUCUAAUGAAGAUGGGAGUAGCGAUGGCAUUAAAAAUGAGGAUGAGAAGCUUCUUGAAAUUAUAAUGAAAGACAUGGAGGUUUGGGAAUCUUCAGGCCAGUGGAUGUUUUCCUCCUAUUCACCAUCGAAAGACAAGCCAAAUAUUUCAGGUUUUCCAGCCUUUUCUCCUGAAGAGCUACGUCUUGAAUACUAUAACUGCAGUGCCAAUAGUAAUAUUCAAAAUUAUGUCAACUCAGUCCAGCAGUUAGUCACUCAGUGGAGAAGCAGACUACUUGAGCUGAAGAAUAUAAAUGCUUCUACUAAAACUGCAUUGAUAUCUGAACUCAAGAAUGUGGCUAGUCAACCACCACCUGCAUUUGGGUUUGGGGGACAGCAGCCGUCAGCUUUCGGGGGACAGCAGCCGUCAGCUUUUGGGGGACAGCAGCCAUCAGCUUUUGGGACAUCAACCUUUCCUGUGAAUAAACAAAGCAGUGCUAAAACCUUUUCUUUCAAAUCACCUUCGGAGCUGGCUAACGUCUCAUCUGGAAGCCUGCCUACAUUUGGGAGCCUUCCUGGUGUUCCGAAUCAUCCAACAGUGGGUGCAACAUCUUCAUCUACUGCUACUACCCAUUCAGUUGGCUUUGGGUACCAAACUGCUUCAUCUGCGGCUUCCUUUUCAUUUAAAAGUUCUGCAACUUCUGGUAGCUUUGGAACUUCUGGAUUUUCAGGAUUUGGACAUUCACUUCCUACAAGUUCUUCAAAUAACACGUCUGCUCCAGUGUUUGGUGCUAGCAGUUCAGCUGUUGCUGCCCCAACUUUGGAUUCGAGGAACGCCCUGUUUGGACAGCCCACAAAUGCUUUUGGGAGUAGUGGGGCAUUUGCAUCAUCAGUAACCCAAACCAACAUCGCUUCUGAAAAGUUAUUUACUCCAAAGAAUGAACUAUCUGCAGAUGAACUGAAGCAAUUUGAAGCAAAGAAAUUUACACUAGGAAAGAUUCCUUUAAAGCCACCACCAGUGGAACUUCUAAUUGUGUAAAGUAUUUGGAGGAUGUCUUUAGUACUUUUGUUCCCAGUGUCUGUUCUCCAAUUUUAUUUCUUCAUAAUUGAGAGGUUUGUUCUGGCAUACUACCAUUGCUUCAGGAAAGUUAUUUCAUUUAUAGUAACCAGUGAUGUAUUUUAACUUGUGAGCUCCAAAAUGGACAUGGUUUACUUGAGAAUAGUGCACUGUAAAAUAAAGCAUUGGCAAUCAC